UCCUCUCCUUCUCCCGAACACUUGUCCCCACUUCCACAUCCUUCAGCGACGAGUACGAUGGUCGUCCACUCGCGCUGGUAGUCAGUCAGUAAGUCACUCAGUCAAUCAGAGUACUCGCUAAGUCAAAAUCGAUGAUUUACUCGGAUUCGCUGAUCAAUAAUAGAAACGUUUGCCAACGAUUUUCAUCUUCUUUCAAGGAGAAGAAGUUCUCUCGCGUAUUACCUGCUACAACAUAAGGUCGUAUCGUCGAUGAAGACGCGGCAAAGAGACGAGUACGCUUCAUGCAUGCAAAUCGUUCGAUUCGAUGACUAAUAACGACCAAGAAGAACGAACGAGCGAAAGAACGACGAGAAGCAUCGUAUCGAUCGUCAAUUUUCUGAGAAAAGAAAAUAAACAAACAAACAAAUAAACUUGUCCGACAAUAAUUGCUAUUGACGCUGGAAUACGCUCGAGAACGAUAGUAAUUAUUUCGAACGUGGGUCAUCGUACGCGCGAGUUCGUUCCUCGACGGACGAUCAUCCUUUGCUCUACUUUAUCCCUCGUAUGAUAAAUUCUUUUCCUUUUUCCUUCUUGAAUAUAUCCAUUACGUGGAAAUUAUUUGAAUGGUAAAAGUCAAUUCAUAAAUCAAUCGAAUAAUAAUUAGUUUCUUCCUUCCUAUCGUAUAGUGACGAACGAGUACACGGAACGUCAUCGAUACUUGGAACAUGUCAAUCAUUAAUGGGUUUUCCCGAUCCAACGUUUGACGAUCGUACAUGCGAGCUCGAUAGACAAGUAGGAUAGCAAAGACAUAUGUAUAUAUUCAAUGAAAACUAUUAUUUAUACUUGUCGAUAUUUCCUAGAUAUAUUUAAUAUUAACUUAUGCAACGUAUGUAUGUAUGAAUGUAUAUGUUGACAACUGUAAAAGAGGAGAGAGAAUAUACAACGUAUUCUUCGAAGCCAGAUAGACAAGACCGAGUGGUAAAAAGUUAAGGGCAAAUUUAUCGUAAAGUGAUGAUAGAAAGGGGAAUAAUAUAAUGUUGUAGUAAGAAAAGAGAGAAAGAGAGAAAGAGAAAGAGAGAGAGAGAGAGAGAGAGAGAGAGACAGAUAGACAGACAGGCAGACUAAUAUAAGAAAGAAAGAAAGAAAGAGUAACAGGGAGAGAGGGAAACUCGAGCUUAUUAUUGUGCUCAGCUACUGUAUACAAAUAGUACUACUCGAGAGACAAUCUUCGUAGUUCGAUUUCGUGAAAAGUCACGCAACAAUAUCUCCAACGUAUUUAUAUAUCCUCGAGAACGAUUAUUAUUAUUUACCCCUAAUAGCUGUACUACAUACAUACAUACAUACAUACUCGAUGAAUUUUGGCAUGCGUUUGAUAAUUGAUGAUUCAAUUGGUUCUCUUACAUUUUCUCAAAUAGAUAUGACAAACGCGCGAUUAGAGCGUACUAAUAACUUCCAGUCCUGCCCUAGUGUAUCUACUUACUGAGAAAAAAAGAAGAAAAAACUCGAAGAAGAUGAUCGUUGAUUUCGGAAGGAUACGCUAUGCCGAAUGGAACUGACGUCAAGAAAUAGAAGCGAUUAUGCGGAGAUUUAUUCGAACGUCGUAAGAACGAGGAGGUCGUACGAAAGGAUACAGUGAAGGAAAGACCAAGAGAAAGAGAGAGAGAGAUAGAGAAAGAGAGAAAGAGAUAGAGAUAGAGAGAGAGAGAUAGAGAAUGAAGAUCAACGUUAUCUUCGCGUGCGCCACGGCUUUAACGAUAACAUCCGUGGCCUCGAUUAUGAAGAUAAGCGCCACCUCAGCGACCUCCGUGAAGCCAAUCGAAGAAGGUGAGGGAGAUUAUGCUCGAGUUCUAGAGCUCUCUCUAUUGUUCUACGAAGCGCAACGAUCCGGUAAACUUCCGGAAAACAACAGAAUAUCGUGGAGAGGUGAUUCCGCAUUGAGUGAUCGCGGAAUCAAUGGCGAAGAUCUUACGGGUGGUUAUUAUGACGCCGGUGACUUCGUAAAAUUUGGUUUCACCAUGGCAUCAACGACAACACUUUUAGCAUGGGGAGCUGUUAGCUGGCCGGAAGCUUAUAUUGAGGCCGGACAACUCGAUGAAAUUCGUAAAGCCAUUAAAUGGGCUACCGACUACUUUAUCAAAUGUCACGUAAGCGAGUUCGUCUUUUACGGACAAGUUGGUGAUUUUUCCGUCGAUCAUACGUAUUGGGGAAGACCGGAAGAAUUGAAUACAACAAGGCCAGCUUACAAGAUCGAUCCUGAUCAUCCUGGUUCUGAUUUAGCCGGUGAAACUGCAGCGGCACUCGCAGCAUCCAGUAUUGUAUUCAAGAACGUCGAUCCAAAUUAUAGCGAACGCUGUCUCAAACAUGCCAAGGAGCUUUACAAUUUUGCUAAUAAAUACCGUGGUCUUUAUCACAGUGCAAUUCGUGGAGCAGCGCAAUAUUACGAAAGCACUGAUUACGGAGACGAGCUAGCUUGGGCUGCUGCUUGGCUCUUCAAAGCAACUAACGAUUCAAGAUACCUUGAGGAUGCCGAGCAUCAUUAUCAACAUUUUCAUCUUAAGGAAAGACCAAACGAGUUCUUUUAUAAUAAAAAGGUUGCCGGAGUUCAGGUUCUGCUGGCACAAUUGACAGGUCAACCGGAAUAUCAAAACGCCGCGUGUGCUUUCUGUGAUUUUUCCGUUCGACAACAAAAGCGCACGCCUAAAGGACUAUUGUACAUCGACAAAUUCGGUACUCUUUGUCAUGCUGCAAACGUGGCAUUUGUUUGUCUGCAAGCUGCUGAUUAUCCCAAUAUCGGUGAUCCCCAGGAAUAUCGUGAAUUUGCAACGCAGCAAAUCUCAUAUAUGCUAGGUGAUGAAGGAAGAAGUUAUGUCGUUGGAUAUGGAUAUAAUCCACCUACACAACCACAUCAUGCAGCAUCCUCUUGUCCAAAUAAACCUUCCCCUUGCGGGUGGCCAGAAUUCGAUAGACAAGAACCAAAUCCUCAAAUACUUUACGGUGCUUUAGUAUCCGGACCGGACGAGGCCGACAAGUUUCAAGAUCAUCGAGAAGAAUAUAUUUAUACCGAAGUUACGCUCGACUAUAACGCCGGUUUCACGAGCGUUUUAGCAGGAUUAUUACAGCUACGAAUUAAGAAAGUAGAAUAAAUAUUCAUGUCUAGGAUGUUCGAUCGAAUAAGAAUUAGGCGUACGAUCAUUACGUAAAGGAUGUAAUUAUCGACGUCAACUGUCUGAUGAACGCCCGUCGCUAUCAAUCCUCAUAUGUGAUUUUAGUUAACAUAUAUUGAAAUUUUUAAAUGCCUUUUUUUUAUUUUUACCAUUGAUUGCAAAACGAGAUUUCGAAUUUUCUAUUUCGAAGGAUUAUAAAUACUUAAUGCGA